GACAAUCGAAAAGCUACGAUUAAUUUCACAGGACUGACAACCCUGUUAUGACGGCGUCCGCCAAAACGUUCUUUUAAUUUUUUGUCGAAGCUCUUUUUCAUUGAUGGAGAAUUGGAAUUAAAGCUGUCGACUUUUUUUCCUUCUCACUCUUUUUACCGUUUGAAACUCAGAAGAGUGGCGAAGUCAGCAUUUCCCACGUGCGUCCCUUUUUUUAAACAAAUUCCAUCAAAAUAAAACGAGGCUUCGAAUCCGACAUGUCUGACCUCGAUUGGGACGAUCCAAACUAUGUUGAAGGACCCGUGAAGCCCCGGGAUUAUGCCCAGCUGAAUGAAAAGUAUGAGCGAAGCGUGCGGCGUGACGCUGAGCCGCGUCGGUAUUAUGACGGAGGUCGAGGAGACGACCGGAAGAGAGAUGACUACGGCAGGGAUUGUUCCUACGGGAAGAGCAACCGGGAUGAUUACGGCGGAGGUGGGGCCGUAAACGACUUCAGUGAAACACUUUCAAUUGCCGCCGAAAUGGUUGGAAAAGUAAUCGGAAAGGCCGGAGGAAACAUCAACCGCAUCCAGCAUGAUUUCAAUGUCCGUGUCAAGGUGGACAAGGGCGACUUAAUGGUUAAGAUCUACGGUAGUCUCCAGAGAAAUGUCAGCGAUGCCAUGAAUUUUGUUCGCAAACAAAUCUCCGAUUCCGGAAGGGGCCGUGAUCGGGAUUAUGGCGGGAGUAGCAGCGAUUAUGGAUUCGGAACCGGAAAGCUCUCUGGUGGAAGCAGAUAUGACUUUGCUCCGCCACCCACCGUGGAACCAAUCCACGCGGGUGAUCUUACGGGCACCAUCGACUGGGCAGCUCUCAACAAAGCUUCGGAAAAAGCUGCUGCAGCCCGGUGGGCGAAGUGCCCUCCUCUAACCAAGAACUUUUACGAAGAGGCACCCGAAGUGGCGAAUUUGAGCAAAUCCGAGGCGGAACACAUACGGGAGGAGAACAAUAAGACUACAGUGUCGCAUGUUUUUGAGCCAAAAGAGGGUGAAACCUUGCCCCCCAUUCCCAAUCCGGUUUGGAAGUUUGAGCAGUGCUUCGAGAAGUACCCGGACCUGCUCGCCGAGGUCAUGAAACAGGGCUUCUCCAAACCAUCGCCCAUUCAAGCCCAAGCGUGGCCCAUUCUCCUGAAAGGCCACGAUAUGAUCGGGAUAGCCCAGACGGGUACUGGCAAGACUUUGGCAUUCCUGCUACCAGGAAUGAUACACACUGAAUACCAAAGUGUGCCACGAGGUCAGAGGGGUGGCCCCAAUGUCCUGGUCCUGGCGCCUACUCGAGAGCUGGCUCUACAGAUCGAAAUGGAGGUCAAGAAGUACUCGUUUCGUAACAUGAGAGCAGUGUGCGUUUAUGGCGGAGGCGAUCGUCGCAUGCAGAUCUCGGACGUGGAACGUGGUGCAGAGAUUAUCAUCUGCACUCCGGGUCGGCUGAAUGAUCUGGUCCAGGCGAAUGUGAUUAAUGUGAGCAGCAUUACAUACUUGGUGCUGGACGAAGCGGAUCGUAUGCUGGACAUGGGCUUUGAGCCGCAGAUCCGUAAAGUGCUGUUGGACAUCCGUCCUGAUCGGCAGACCAUCAUGACCUCGGCUACAUGGCCACCUGGAGUGCGUCGCCUUGCCCAGAGCUACAUGAAGAACCCUAUCCAGGUGUGUGUCGGUUCUCUGGAUCUAGCGGCCACCCAUUCGGUGAAGCAAGUUAUUGAACUUCUCCAAGACGAUGCCGAAAAGUUUCAAACAAUCAAGUCCUUCGUGAAGAAUAUGAGGAAAACGGAUAAAAUAAUCGUUUUCUGCGGGCGGAAGGCUCGUGCUGACGAUUUGUCGAGUGAUUUGACCUUGGAUGGCUUCUGUACCCAGUGCAUUCAUGGAAAUCGGGAUCAGAGCGAUCGUGAGCAAGCCAUUGCUGAUAUUAAAUCGGGUGCCGUGCGUAUUCUCGUUGCCACUGAUGUGGCUUCGCGAGGCUUGGACAUUGAGGACAUCUCGCACGUCAUUAAUUAUGACUUUCCGCGUAAUAUUGAGGAGUAUGUUCACCGUGUGGGUCGAACUGGACGCGCCGGACGCAAAGGCACCUCCAUUAGCUUUGUUACCCGCGAAGACUGGGGCAUGGCCAAGGAACUCAUUGAUAUCCUGCAGGAGGCAGAGCAAGAUGUUCCCCCGGAGCUGUACAACAUGGCUACGCGUUUCAAGGCCAUGAAAGACCGUCGUGCUGCCGAAGGAAGUGCCUUCGGAGGAGGAAGUGGCGGCGGUCGUUUCGGCGGAGGUCGUUACGGGGGAAGUCGCGGAGGCGGGCGUGACUUUGACCGUUUCCAAUUUUAAUUAAAUACCAAGACAUUUUUUCCAUUUUUCUAGUUUAAGCGACUUCAGCACAUUGGAAGUGCCUUGUAAUUUUUAAGAAAUCAAUGGGUAGGAUACCCAAAAACCAAUAUUUUUCAGCUAACAAAUGAUUUUUCGAUUUUUGAGUUGGAAUUGUCGUUUUGAAAACAGUUCUCUAUCGUAUUUGGAUACAAAAUACGCUCAGGACACGUGAACUGUUGAAAUAAAUUAUUUUGUUUCAUAAAA